AUGCAAGAAACAAGGAGUCAAAUAGAUACUGUAAGACGUAUAGCAAACAAUGCACGUACGGGAUUGGAUACUUUACGAGAAGCACAAAAUACACUAAAGGAAGCAAAUGAUAUUCUUGGCUCAGUAUCAGACAUGCAUGAAGAUUGGCUUAAAGGUAUUGACAAAUCUUUAAAAAAUCACAGUCAGUCUAUUGCUGACUACAAGAAAAGUAUAGAUUUUUUACAUAGUGCUAUGGACGUACAUGAUGGAAGCAUAAGGAACUUACUUAAUGCUAACAAUAACUUACCAGGAACUAUUAAAGCAUUUAUAAAGUCCUUUGUAAAACCUGGUGCUCUAACAUUUAGGUCUUUGAGAGCAAGAGCAUUGAAGUCAAGAGAUGCAGAAACUCCAACAGAACCUACAGAAGGAACUGAAACAACAGAAACUCCAGAAGAACCACCAAAACCAACAGCUAAUGAAAUAUUGUUCGAAUAUUUUCCAAGGUACUCUGUUCUCAUUGCAUACAUUCAAGAAAUACUUAAGAAAGCAGACUUGACUUUAGGAGAUGAUGAAAGUUCUGUAUAUCUUUCGUUCCAGUUUCAAAUAGCAGAACUUUUGAGACAGAUAUGCUUAAUGUAUGACAACAUCUCUGAUUUCACAAGAUAUGAUGACGACCAUGACCCCGAACACGGUGAAGAAGAAGUUUUACAAACAUCCAUUAAGACAGGAAAGGUUUUAACACAAAGUCUCAUUAUUGACACUAAAGAUGGCGAAGUGGACGUUCUUCAAGA